AUGUCUGUCACGAUUGAUAGAGGACUAGUAGCGCAUACCAAACGAGUCCAUGGUGUCCAUCCCGUCUUUCUCAUUGAAAAAAUAUUACGUGAACGAAUCCUCGACAGCCAAUACUGGAAACGAGAAUGCCAGCACGCCGACUUGCUAGUACUUCUGGAUCGAUCCGUUGAGCUAGAGCAAAUAGGAACUUACGCAAAUACUGGACAUACAAUUCCGACCCCAUUUAUAUGUCUCCUGCUCAGACUUCUGCAGCUUCAACCUGCUGCCGAUAUAAUUGACUAUUUGCUCGUACAGACAGAUUUUGUCUACCUGACAGCACUGGCAGCGUUGUAUGUUAGAAUCACUUGCCAUUCGGUGGCAGUUUAUCAGAAGCUGGAGCCUUUGUUGGCGGACUAUCGACGAUUAAACAUAAUCGAAAAUCAAACAGUCAAGUCGAUAUAUCUGGACGAGUAUAUCGACGAACUGCUGCAAGGAAACAAGUUCCUCGAUAUGGUGCUUCCUCGUCUGAUUGACAGGUUAGUUCUCGAAGACCAGGAAUUACUAGGGCCGCGACAAAGUUCAAUGCAAGAAGAAUUCGAGCGCAUGUGUGAAGAGGAAAAAUUGAAACGGGACGACGAGCAGUCCAGUGCUAAAUCCCGUGUGCAUUGA